AUGUCACAGCCAUCUAUUGAAUUCUUUCUUCAUCCACCUUCUCCACGAUUACCACAAUCAACCUCACCUCGCUUACCUCCAGUGAGUGAACUACUGCGUGAUGCACCAUCCUUGUCACCACAGUUGCCACCUACCACCACCAACACCACUACUACUACUACUGCCAUCAGUCAUCCAUCGAGUCCUACAGACAACAACAUAUCAACACCACCACAACUACCACUGAUUCAUGAACCAAUACCCGAUACACGAUUACCAGCAUUAACAGUAUCGAUUCCCAGUGAACCAUUUUUAUCACCAUGUUCAUCACCUUCAACAUGCCAAACCGAUACACCUCACUCAUCACCAACAUCUUCGCACUUGUUAUUGCCACCACCUUGUAACACGCGUCGUUGUCGAUCAUUAUCCAGUGCAUCAUCGUCAUCACUAUCCUCCUUGUCGAGCACAUUAUCAUUGCCUUGUUCAACACGGCGCCUUUCAGAUCCGCCCCUGUAUUCUGCCCUCGACCACCAUGACCCCUCUAUGUCUUGGCAUCAACAUCACCAGCAGCAACAACCAUCACCCGUACAAUGUUCUCCUUGUUCAUUACCAUCAACAUCAUCACCACCACCACCACCUCAACCACCAACCACUAUCUCCUCACCUUCUUGCUCCUCAUCUUCAUCGUCCUCCUACUCUUCAAGGCAAUCUCCGCCUCUCUCACAAAAGGGUCCACCCGUUGUACGACGUAGACGUGGUCGUCCUCCAAAUGCUACUCGUCAUCCAAGAGAUAAUAAUUGGACAUUUGUCACUCCAACUGUAUGGGAAGUAAGACGUUCUCCUUCUCCUGUACCGCCAUCAUCACAACAACCAUCAUCACAACCACCGACUUUUAUUGAUCCAUCCAGCUCACGUGAGCAUUCACCAACAACAACAAAUCAACAUGAUAUCACUGUUCUUCAAUGGCCAGAUGAUCCAUAUGGACGUAGCAGCAACAACAAUACAGCAGCUUCUGAAGCAUUCAAUAGCACAUUUUCAAGUACAAAUAUGGAUACUCCUCUGAGUAUGCCACGCAAAAAGCGUGGACGUAAGCCCAAAAUGCAACUAGCAGGCAACUCAUGUUUUGUUUGGCGAGAUCUUACAGCAAAGAAACGCGCACAUCGCAUAAAGAAGACUCACAAAGAUGAUGAUCGACUUGCUUUACGUGUGGAAGGUCUCAAGUUAUGA